GUGUUAUGCCCCUGGGCUUUCAGCAGGGUGAACCCGUGCAUCAAUCAAUAGUCUCCUGUGCGUGGCGUGGUCAACCGUCGUUUAUUUCGCUGCUGGAAUCAGGAAUGGAUGCGGAGUUGGACUUUUACACGAGAGAAAAAUGUUGAUCCAGGUUCGGUAUUGCCAACAGCAGAAGUAUGUGAAGUUGGAUGAGGUUGAUGGAUGUUUUGAUUUUGUGCAGUUCCAUGACAAAGUCAUCGAGAGAUUUUGCCUGCCACCUGACGCAAAAUUAGUGUACAAAGAUGCAACAGGGACAGAAGUUGAUGAGGACAUUUUCAGUGACCUUGUCAGCCAAGGCAAUGUGACUCUAUCAGUUUUCUCAAAUGACGAAUUUUCCGAUUGCUCCUUGUCCUCUCCAUCCGAUUAUUCUGAUUCAAGCUUCAGUUCAUGUGCAAGUACAUCAACUAUACUCCUAGAUGAGGUUCCUAGGAAGAAACCAAGACUUGAGGGCCCACUUACUGCAGCAUCUGCUAGAAAGUUGAUUGAAGAUGUCCUUGGUACCAGCUCAGGUGGUGAAGAGGUCCUCCAAGAGUAUCACACAACAAAAACUCUAACAGAUGCUACCAGAAGAAAGUUGGUCAAUAUAAUAGUGGCACACAUGAUUGAUAAACACGGGCAACUCCCCAGCAAAGCUGUUCGAGAAGAGUACGCUCUUGGGAUAGUGACAGUGUUCCCGUCCCUCAAAGACCCAUACUCCAAGAAAGGCUAUGAACAUUUCUAUGAUGCUGCAAGCAGCACCGGAUACAUUUCUUGGCGUCUGAAAACGAUUCAGAGAAAGAGUCGAAGAGGACAUGCAUCUACAAGUAGCCCCACUGGCUUUUCCCCAGGAGGAGGAGGCCCAAAUGUGCGCAGGUCCAUUGUUGUUGACCAGCAGCUUGAUGGGGAUGCAUACCAGGAAGCCAUCUCCUUGCUCAACCAUACAACAGACAGUUCCGUAAUUUUUCUGAAGAUGAGAGAGACCUUUCAGAAUCGCCAAAAACUCAUCCACGACUCAGACAAAACUCAAGAUAUCUUCUCCAUCUUCCCAAGAUUCCUGGAUACAUAGGGAUUGG